CUUUCCGGUUGCGUCAUGGACAAAUUUACAUUUGUCCACAUGGGGGCGGUAAUGAGACCGUAUUCCAUCGUAUUAGGCGGAAGCAAAACUGCGUCAGUGCAGGUUGGUCAUCACGCUUUCAACAUGGCGGUGAAUCUUUCAGACCUCUCCAUGCCUCAGUUAGAAGGAUUAAAAACCCAACUGGAUCAGGAGGUUGAGUUCUUGACGUCUUCGAUAAGUCAGUUGAAAGUUGUCCAGGCCAAGUAUGUUGACGCGAAAGACAGCUUGAAUGUACUGAACCAAAACAAUAAAGGAAAGGAAUUGCUGGUGCCUCUUACAAGCUCUAUGUAUGUCCCUGGAACAUUAAGUGAUGUGGAACAUGUCCUAGUUGACGUGGGGACAGGAUAUUAUGUUGAAAAGAACGUGGAGGACUCAAAAGCUUUCUUUAAGCGCAAAAUAGACUUUCUCACAAAGCAGAUGGAGAAAAUUCAGCCGGCUCUUCAGGAAAAGCAUGCUGUGAAACAAGCUGUAAUUGAAGUAAUGACACUGAAGAUCCAGCAGUUACAGCAGAGCCAGCAAGCAUCACAGAUGGUUGGAACCACCAAGGCCUAGUCGGAACAAUGGCUUUAUUUAAUCACGACUCGACGUUUUUUAAGUUUGUGUGCACAAAAGACCGGAAACUAAAAUGCUCAGACCUCAUUAGAUCUAAGUGGACUAUUGUCUCAAUGAAGAAAAUGUGUACUUGUGUCAAUUUUAAAUUAAAGAAAUUCGAAUAAGUUUGAUUAAAGAGGUCAAGUUGGA